AUGCACGAGCUGGAUGUGGCAGGGGACAUCACUGCAGCGAAGGAGAUACGAGUGGCGCUGGUGCCCAUCGGAAACAUUUCCGAACGCAAGUUCGUGCAGUUCGCCAACCUCAUCAAGACCUUCUCCGUCAUCGAACUCGGCCUCACCCCCACCCCACCCACCAAAGGCACUCGCCCCUUCAUUUAA